CAGAAUGACUUCACGGCUGACGGUGGCUCUUGUGGUGGUGACACUAGGGGUCCUCUAUUCGGCUCCUGGGGGCCAAACCAAAGGAGUGUCAGAGGAGGACACGUUGAAACAUUUGUCUCUGGAUGGUGAGAAGCUUGUGAACGGGGAGGUGCAGCAGGCCCUGUACGGGGUGAAGCAGAUGAAAGAGGUGAUGUGGAUGAACGAGAAGAAGCACAAACACCUCAUGAUGUCCCUUCGACACAGCAGUGAGAAGAAGAAGGGGGCAGUUGAACUGGCUCAGGAAGUAACAGAGAAGCUGAGGUAUGCCGAGGAGCAGUGUAAGGAGUCCCUGCAGGCUAAGUGGGAGGAGUGCAGACCCUGUCUGGAGGAUGCAUGCAGAACCUUCUAUACCUCCAACUGCCGCAGAGGCUUUUCUGCUUUUCAUGCCAAGGUAGAGAGCUUUUUCCACGGAGUGUCCAAGCGCUUUGGCUUAGGUCAACCUCGUACGGACACUGGGGACAUCCUGGUCAACCAGGGACAUGAAGAGUCUGACACAGACAUCACCCAGAUUGAGAGUUCCUUCAACCGCCUGGUCAAUAUGGUGGACACACUGGUGAACCGCAGUGCCGCAGUGGUCUCCAGGAUGAGGGGCAAACUUGAUGCAGUCCUGCAGACGGCCUUCCUUAACAGAACCACUGCCCUGAUGGAGAAGGACACCUCCGAUCCUUUCUACCCAAGCCGUGACUCGGGCUUCUUGCAGGGUUUGGGCUUGGAUGAGCUUCUGGACUCUUUCUAUGACUUCAGCAGGAGUGUGAUGGAGGAAUUUGGAGCUGCAGUGACCCGGAUGUUUGACAGACAGAAAGAGGUGGUGAAUGAAGCCAAGAGGAAAGGGAAGGAGAUUUUCCCCCAUUUUCUACAGAACAGAAAGCUGUGCAGAAACCUUCGCAAACAGACUUCAGACUGCUGGCAACUGCAGAACCAGUGCAAAGCCUGUCAGGGAACCCUGCUUACAGAGUGCCCCACUGUGCGUGAACUUCAUGUGGAACUGGAUGACAUUUCCCAGCUGAUGGAUGUGGUCAAAGAGCAGUAUGAAGACAUCCGGUCUAUUGUCCAACACCAUAUUGAUGAAACAGUUAGCUGGCUCAGCGACAUGGCUGCCGAACACAGCUGGGUAGCUCAGGUGGUCACCAACGACAACACUCCUGAAAACAUCUUCCAUGUCUCAAUGGUGGCGCCAAACAGCCAGAAUGAACCUGAGGGUGAGACCAAAGUUGAGGUUGUUAUACUCAACUUGCCCCCAAUUACCAUCUCUGUCCCUGGUCAGCUGGAGCUGCAGGACCCGGCCUUCAUCCAGUACAUCACCCAGGAGGGUCUGAACAAAUACAAGGAAAUGGUCAGGUACGAGGAUGAAUGAAACCCCACUAAAUUCACCUUUCCUCUGCGUCUAGGAAAAUGAUGUUCCUGUGCAGUAGAAAUAUUGAUCGUCAUCCACUAGGAAACAGAAUGUGAUCGUCUCAGUUUGUUGACAGUCGAAGUCAGAAUGUUAAGCAGGAUUUUACAUUUUUUGUAGACUGGAAACAAAUCACCAUCUAGACUGAGGAAAUGUACAAAUUAUUUUCCAUUAAGAUCUGAAGCCACUAAUGCUAUUACCCUUAAAUUCCUGUGAAACACCUCAGACUGGCUUCAGCCAGAUCCCGGUCUGAACCGGCUUCUAGGCUUUUCUUUCCCAACAAUCAUUUACCAUUUGGGCCAGUUUCACCAUACUCGCAUGGGACACACUGAAAAUUGACUUAAAUACUUAAAUGGCAACUCUGAUAUUUUUCAACCUGGGCUCUAAUUUUUUAAAAAUGUAUUCUGAAUCAUGUUUUCACUUGUGACAAAAAUUAUUUUAAAUCAAGGCAUCUUUAAUUUAGAAUACUAACACAGUUAUGGGCUAACACACUACACAAUGCAAUGGCACGAGAUAAGCUAAAAUACUCAGUAAACCGUUGCAUCUCAC